AUGUCAUCCACCAUGAAUCCCAACAAAUACACUACUGAAAACCCCAUUGUUCUCAACAUCAAGUUGCAUGGUCUGUUGGUGACACAACAGGUUAUGACCAAAGCCAUUGAGUUACACAUCAAUCACAGCAGAACUAAACUAACACUUAUCAUUGAUGCAAAACCAUGCAACAUUCCACCUCAAUACCACAAUGCUAUGUGGCGCCUUCUUCACCAUCGCAACAUCUAUCAAAGGACCGCCAGUAGGCUAAUGGAGUAUCUGGACCUGCAUGUCACCAAGGACACCUACACAUCUAUCAUGUAUUAUUACUGCAAUAUGCUGUUAGCAUUUGUGGAAGAAGUGAGCGAUAAUUGGCAAUGGAGCAACAAGUUGUGGUGCUCAGUACACCUAGACUAUCAUUUCACUAUGGCAAUACAUGAUAGUGCUUUUAUUGAGCCCAUGCAAGCAAAUGCACUACGAAACAUGGAUCAUACUUGGGAUGAUUUUAAAUGCAAGAAAAUCUACAAACCUGUCCUGGACCAUAUUCAGGAAGUCACUGUUGACUCAUACCACACAGAAUUCUGCAAUGAGAAGAACAUGUGUGGCGUUCCAAACAUCAAGCACAAGCAUUCAGUAGAUGACAUGAUUACAUCCAUAAUCCAACAAGUGAUUCAAAGUACACCAAAGCUAGCAGGGGCAGCUCAGGCAAUGAAGGAGGAUCACACUCAUUCUGAAACCAAUGCAGUUAAGGCCACAGUGGGGAAAAUAGAUUCUGUGAUGUCUGACAGCAGAUCCUCAGACAAUGAAGACAAUGAUAUGCACAAGGCAACCAAUCUAAGUUGUGUUAUCCACACCGAUUUGGUUGAUCUGAAAGAGGAUGGAUUGAGUUUGCAGAGAAAUCAGAAAGGCAGUCAUCUCAGACAGGCUGCCCACAUGGCUUCUAGCAGGGAUGACAAUGUGAUUGAUAUGUCAUUUAUAUCACUCAAGACACAAGAAGUCCACAACAAAGUCCCAUGCAAGGCAUUGCCCAUGGAGGAGGAUAAAGUCAAUCAGGCUGCAGAUGUGUUCGAGUCAAAUGAGGAUGCAUGUAAAGGCCAGAGAAAUCAGAAAGGUGUCCAUCAAAACAAGCAUACUAUUGGAAGUGCAAUGUCAGAUCGACAAUCCAGCAAGGGUCAUUCCAACUGUCCAUCAAAAAACACCACCACCAAGGCCAAACAAAAGGUGAUUACUAUUCUGGACUCUGAUGAUGAGGGUACAACAGGAAUCAGUGAAAUCAUCAUUGUGGCUGACUUGGAGGAGGAGAAUGUCUCUCAGGAUCUCAAUGCAAAUGUCAAAAUACAGACAUCACAAAUGGCUAUGCAUCCACAGUCUGGUGCUAUCAGGGCUGACACAAAGGGCAAAGGGAAGAUGAUCUUACUGUCUGAUGAUUCUGAUCGGAUGUGUAGUGUGAUGGAUGGACAGUCUCAUAUAGAUCUACCACCAGUCACUGCUGAGGAUCUUCAACACUUCAAGGACACUGACUUUCCAUCGAUGUUUGAAGACUGGGAGGAAUGGAAUCACAUUGUGCUUCAGAAAGGGAACUCACAAGUGUUCCUCAAACUUGGGACAUGGAUCUUGCUUCAAUUCAGACAGCUGAUGGAGACUCCCAUUCAUGGGUAUGUUGAGGGACUUCUGAUUCUGGACCAUCCUGCGGCUUUUGACAUCAAUAAUGAGGUGGACUACUGGGAGGCACUCAGGAUGACACAUCUUUAUUCUGCGCUGACCCAUGUGGACACACAUCCAGAGUACCUCUCCCAUCUGUUCCACAAACUUGGGAAGGCAUCAUGUGAGGGUCAGUUGGAAAGUAGCAACCCUGGCUUGAGGCCACUUCCUGAACUGCCAACUCCUGUUCUUAGUAUGAUGGUUAACAAGCAGCUGCCAUGGUUGAAGGUUCUGCCAUUCGAAGAUUUCCUUGACUCUGAUGAUCCAGAUGCUAAAGUGCUUGAGGACAUGGUGAUUUCUGGAAUGCAAGAUUUAUUGGAUGAAUUGAAGGAUCAGGGCAUACCAAAACACAAGAGGACCACCUCCACAGUGGGCCAAUCAUGCUCAGUCAUUCCAUCAUCCCUCCUCGCCUGUCAUCCAACCACCUAUGGCAGGAUCGCAUACCAAGGCAGUCAACAGUCAUUCACAAUGGCUGAUAAUGAUUGUGAUGAGACACUAUCAGGAUCUGUGAUGACAUCCGAUGCACAUGUCAUACUUCCCAGUCCUGUGGAUGAUGAUGGGGCUGUCCAUGACAUCAGUGCAUGGACCAAGAGCAAUGAUAACUCUCACAUGCACAUGUCAUCUCAGUCAGAGGCUACCAAUGUGUCAGAGAAUGUUGAAGAUGACAGUCAGGACAUUGUUCAUGCUGUUGACAUGGUUGAUGUGGAGACUGGAGAUGGAAUGCGCAAGUUCAGUGCCAUAUCUGAACCACCCACCAGUCACACAUCAAAUCUUGAUGAAGAUGUGAGGGUCCUUGCUCCUUCAACACCAGAAUAA